ACCUGACCUGACUAAGAUUGUAAAUAUGGGUUUUACGUUGAUACCCAUAUUUACAAUCUUACCUGCAUUUCACUGAAGCUCCACAAGAGGUCACAGCCACCCACACUACCUCACUCCAAUACAGCACAUCAGUACAGAAGUAUACUGCAGUUACUGACAAUGUGGUGAAAGCGAUGGCCUUUUUCCAGAGUCAGAGAAACUCUCGCUGCAGCUGUGGAAAUACAGUUCUGUCAUUUUAAUUUUAAUAUUUUUAAAACAUGUUCCACAAGUUUGAAGUUUCAAACAGAUCUGCAGCACUGGUAGUUCUUAUGCUUUGCUGUUGAGCCACCUCAUUUAUUGUUAAGUCUGAGCAGCUGUACUGAAUAAGAAUACCCCUCUUCAAAACACAAAAGAGUUGUUGAACCAGAAUCUGGUUUCAAACGGGUGGCAUUCACCUGUGUGUGCAGGGACAGCGUUACAUGUCCAGUGAUACUCAAGUGUUAACAAUGAAUUGCCUUAAGAGUUUUUCAGAGCACUUCCAGACAUUUAAAAGGAUUUUAUUCAAGCAAAACACAAACAGGAACUCGUGCAGGAAAGAUCAGCAGGGGGACUCAGGUGGUAUUCCUCUGGCCUGCAAGCUGUGUUAUGCUGUGGGUGGGGUCCCACAUCUGAUUACUUCAGUAGCUAUUGGUAUUUCCUUGCAAAUUUUCCUUCUGGAUGUUGUAAAGAUGGAGGCCUUCUAUGUUUCCAUGAUUUUAUUUGUGAGUCGGGCCUGGGAUGCUGUGACUGACCCUCUGGUUGGAUAUCUUGUGAGCCGCAGUAACUGGACGCCCAUUGGCAAACUCACUCCAUGGAUGGUUAUUUCCACCCCAUUUGGCAUCUUGUCCUAUCUGCUUCUGUGGUUUGUGCCACGAGGCUCGAUGUCUGUCAGCGUGUUGUGGUUCCUCACAGCGGCUUGCCUAUUCGAGUCCCUCAUGACUUGCUACAACGUCCCCUACCUAUCACUGAAUAUGUUUCUGGGAGGAGAUCAGAGAGACAGGGACUCUGCCACAGCCUACAGAAUGAGUGUGGAGAUGGUGGCAAUGCUGCUGGCAUCAGUAAUUCAGGGACAAGUUGUGGCUGUGUACAAUACAGAGAAGCAGGAGGCCUGCCGGGACCAUGAAACACCUCAAAGCACGUCUUCAUCACAGACUGCUUCCUUUCAACAGACGCAAAAGGCUUUCCUGACCUCAGCUAUGAUCAUGGGUGCCUUGUUUUUCCUCUGCAGCCUGAUUUUGUUCCUCGGGGUGAAGGAGAAGCAGGGUGAGUCAUUCAGAGACAUACGACCUUCCUAUUUGAGCUCGCUGAAGAUGCUCACGUGCCACGUUCCUUACCAAAGGCUGGUGCUGGGCUUUGUGUUUAGUACAUUUGCCUUUCAGAUGUCCUUGGGUAACUUUGCGCUGUUUUGCAGUCAUGCUGCUGGGCUGGGAGCCCAGUUCCAGCACCUCCUGCUGGUUUUACUGGUUUCUGCCUCUGUAGCAGUUCCUGUGUGGCAAAUAAUUCUUCUGAGAAUUGGGAAAAAGUCCACCGUUUUCAUCGGAUUGUCGCUCUUCAUCCCAGCAGUGAUUAUAGUUGCCUGUGUUCCCAGUAACCUGCUGGUCUUCUUGAGUAUGUGCAUUCUGAUGGGAUUCAGUGUGGCAACCAUAUUCCUGCUACCCUGGUCAAUGCUCCCAGACGUGGUGGAUGACUUUGCUGUGAGACACCCGUCCUGUAAGGACCUAGAGCCUCUGUUUUUUUCCUGCUAUGCCUUCUGCAGUAAACUGACAGGAGGGCUGUCUGCUGGACUCUCAACCAUGACAUUACAGUUUGUGGGCUAUGAAGCAGGUGCUUGUAACCAUGGUGACAGAGUGGCGACUGCUCUGAUCGUACUGUUCUCGCCAGUUCCCAUCACACUUUUGCUGAUAGGGAUGGUGUUUUUUCACUUCUACCCAAUUAACGAGAGGCAAAGCUUGCAGCUCCGGGAACAAAUCCAUUCAGAAGUUACAUCAUCAUCUUCAGAGCGAAGAGAAAACACAGAGCUGCCAACAAUCCUGCAGCAGGCCCACGCUGGAGUCACAUCAACAUCACAUUAUGACUCAAACACAUUAAAAUUUGAGAACUUACCACACUGUUACAGUCAGGAGAAAAAAAAUUCAGUCAAGUCUGUUUGUUCAAAUGUUUCCAACAGAUCUUUUGGAAAUGGCAGCAGGCAUAAAGCAGAUCGGUUAAUUGUAAGUCCUCGAUGUCAUGAACAAAGCCCUCACCAGUGCUCAGGAUGGGCCAAACUGGGCAUAAAUGUUCCUGAGAAUCAUUGCGAGUCUGCCUCUAACAGGUCGCAUGUGAGAGCCAAGGUGUCAUGGGUUUGAGGAGUACAUCCCACAGCAACUGUUUUAGCCUGUUUUAAACAUGAUACAACCUUCAUGUCUGUACUUUGUAAUUUGAUGCUUCAGCAGGGAGUUGGUUCACUUAUCUUAGCAUAUCAUUGGAUCGGCAUAAUGUACAAAAUGCAUAGCUAAGAAACUAAUAGAGAGUUACAGAAGGCCCAGCCAAGAAAUCUUUGCAGAACACAAGCUUAGUCCCUGCAAACUCUUUGCACACACUGAGUGGAAAAAUUGUUUUAACAGGUCAUGUCUUUAUGUUAGGGUAUCAAUCUGACCUGUUUUAGCAUUAUAUUUAGCAUAGACAAAUAACAUUAGGUUAGAUUAGAUUAGAUAAAGCUUUAUUAAUCCCUCGGUUCGGUUCCUCCUGGAAAUUCUGUUUCCAGUAGCACAGCACCAACAGAAGCUGCAAAAGAAUGUAAGCAGAAAUAGAAAUAUACCAUAUAUACACAUAUACACAUAUAUAAAUACAGAGACGCAUAUAAACACAGAGUAUAUAAUAGCGAUAAAUAGGAAUAGGAAUACCAGGGAAUUACACAUUUCAACUAUUGUGAGACAAUAGUUAGUCUCAGUUAGGCAGCAGAUGUUCUUUAGCAGAAAUGUGUCACACAAAUCAGGUUAUGGCAUUAGUGUUAUGGUGCCAUCACUCCUAACCAGAGAUGGGCAGUAACACGUUACUGUAAUCCGAUUACUUUUUUCAAGUAACGA